GCACGCAUACAAAACAAUAUACAAGUGGAUGGGCCCGUCGCUUUUCGUUUUUCGCUCGCUGCAAGCACAAUGGAUGGUGACCAGUUCCAUGUUUGUGGGAAGAAGAAGCUCACAGAACACGAGUUUCGAUGGACGCCUUGUUUGUGUUUCUUUCAUUUGAUUCCAUUCGUUGGCCUCUCUUCUCGUCGGUCGUUGGAGGAAAAUUCUGCAAAACACAGUUUAGUGUAGACUCCCCGAGGUUUCGGUUCUUACCAGUUGUUGGCAGUGUUCGUGAACAAAGUUUCAAUAGCCGUCGGUAUUCACAAAAUCCGGUGCAAAAAUACAUAAAUCAAAAUAAAAAAAGAAUAAAUAUGACAAAGCAACAACAACGACGUGGUCUACACACUGAUUUGGUUUAGAUCUGCAUCGGGCAGUUGUAUUGCAAAUCCGAGUCCGCUUUGAAAUUGGAGACAAAAGAAAGCACAGGCAAUACAAUAUGCUUUCUACUUGCAUUCUGCGUGCUACCGCGUCGAAAUAAUGCUAAUGGAAACGCACGUAGAAGUAAAUCCACCUGGAGAAGAAAUGUGACAUAGCCUGUGCCGUGUUUUGUGAACAGAUCUCAAAGUCCACCACACCCCUGCCGAAGCUACUAGGCGACAGACCUACUCCCAUACAUACUACACACUUCUCAUAGUUUCCGCUUCAUACUAGCUUGGCCCUACCCAAAUCAUAAACAAUCGGAUAAUGAAGUGCUCCUCCAAUCGCUUCAGUGCAAACACAAUAGGUUCAACGUCCAGUAUGUGUUCCCAAUUGCAACAAAUGGUCACCCUUCUUCUAAUGGCCACUGCGUUCUGUGCAAUUAGCGUAGUUGGCAGUCCCACACAACAACCGCAACAACUGCAGAAGAAAGAGCAGCUUGAACUGCAUAACCACCAUACCACAGCGAUACGUGUCCAGCAAUGCCGCGACGGAUGCUUGGAGAAGUUUUCCACCAAAAGUCCUUUGUGCCAAAAAAUGCCGAAAUGCUCUAUGUGUUUGAACGAAUGCAUCCACAGAGACCAAAGUAAAGCCACGUCUUCGAUUCGGGAAACGUGGUCACUGCGAACCGUGUCAAUGGUGCAACAUGACUCACUUGUUCUAGUCGAUGUUGCGUGGGAGCAAUCCAGCACUCCGUUCCAGUGUCUGGUCACCUGGGAAGUGUCUGGUGGAGGUCUAAUGGGGAACCUGCUCACAGAAUCCUUUGGAGUUCAACUUUCGCUGUGGCCAGACACCAAAUAUAGGGUGCAAGUUACGUGCAAGAACAAGACAUCUUCCGAAGUGGAAAAGCUGAGACUCUGCAGUCCCUUUGUAUCUGUCGGAAAUGUGUGGAAGGAGAGGCGCACCGAACUUGGACAACUUGUAUCAACAAAAACGGUGCAAUCCCACAUCGAUAUCAUAAAAGACUGUGCAGGAAAGAUGACCGAAUAUAUCAACUCACAAGACCCGAACACUGUGUGGGAUAUAAAAGACAUAGCAAAUCGUUUUACAUGCGGCGUUAUGACAAAAUACAUCUGGGGUAUGGAUGAGAAUACUUUCCAACAUGAAGGAAACUACUCGCCAACUCAUCGUAUGGCUACAAACAUGCUUAAUCAGGCAAUGCGAUGUGUCAAAUAUUAUGGACGCACAGCAUGUUUUCCUUUCUUGCGAAAGGUCUGUCCAGUUCGGUUCUUUCCCGCCCCAACAGAAGAGUAUUUCAUUGGAUUGGCAAGGGAAGCGCUACAGGAUAAUGAACUUAAGAGCAGUGUAUUAAGCCGUCUAAUACAACUAAAUGCGAAAAAUGAUUUGACCUAUAUACAAAUGGCCGGACAUACAACCACGGUAUUGAUUGACGGAUUCGAGACAGUUGCAAUAGUAAUAGCACAUUGUUUGUUAAUGUUAGCAGAAAAUCAACGUGUGCAAAAUAAACUAAGGACGUAUUUGAUCGAAUGUGAGGAACCAGAAACGUGCUAUGACAUAACAACAAACACCUACUUAAAUCAAUGUAUUCAGGAGACACUUCGACUCUUCCCACCACUAGCAACUCUCUUUAAGAUAUGUACGGAACCGAUUACCAUAGAAAACCACAUGAAUGGCUCUAAGGUAGAGUUAAAACCUGGAGAUGUAAUAUAUAUAUCAUCAUACUCUUUCCAUCACGACCCGGAGUUCUAUGAUGAGCCCGAAAAGUACUGGCCCGAGCGUUUUGAUGAGGACCUAGGUGGUGUCCAACGGUAUAGAGAUAUGGGUGUAUUCUUACCUUUUGGAGAGGGGCCGAGAAUGUGUCCAGGAAUGAAAUUGGCGCUAAUGGAAAUUAAAAUCGCUAUAAUGGAGUUGAUACGAAAUUUCGAAUUAGUCCCCUCUUACAAUACUCGUUACGACAAAAAAAUCGAUUCGGACUCAUUUUUGCUAAGGGUACACGGCGACAUCCACCUUCACAUCAAGCCCGUAGCUUAGUAUGUAAUAAUAAAUUGAACCAUGAACCACCAAAAUAUUUAAGGAGGAAUGAUCCUGCAUAACAACUCUUUGCGGUUCACCAUCACCAAUGAUUUAAAGUUUAUUCGAAUUUUAAUUCAGACAGAUUCAGUUUAGUCGAAUACAUUCAUAUCGUUGAAAUGCAAUAAAGUAUACGAAUACAUAUUUUUUAAUUUUU